CUCCCACACCGGAAUUGGGGAGGGAGGAGGUGCGGGCGGGCCGGGGAGUGAAGUGAGCGCGGCCCCAGAGACAUGCGUCACGUGGUCUUCCCUCCCCUCGGGUUGGUGCCAGGGCUCGCUCUAGAGCGGCUCGAGGAAUUCGCCUGCCUCGCCGCCCGGUGCCACCGCCACUUGCCAUGUCCUUGCGGAAGCAGGGCGGCGAAGGCGAUGAUGGUGAAGGCGGAAGCGCGAGGCUGGGGGGCUCCCUGGAGGCGGAGGAGCCCGAGGAAUGUGCGCCGGGUCGGUGCCUGUCUCUGCUGUCUUGGGACCGCUUCUCGGCCUGGUUGCACUGCGUGUGUGUGGUGGGCUUCGACCUGGAGCUCGGUCAGGCCGUGGAGGUAAUAUACCCUCAACAUGCAAAACUUACAGAUAAAGAGAAAACCAAUAUUUGCUAUUUGUCUUUCCCAGAUUCCAAUUCAGGUUGCCUUGGAGACACACAGUUUUGUUUUAGAUUCCGGCAGUCUUCUAGCAAAAAGCUUUCUUGGCAUUGUCUACUGGACCAGUUUGACAGAGACCUACCCAUUUAUUUGAAGAAGGAUCCUGCUUAUUAUUAUGGCUAUGUAUAUUUUAGACAAGUCCAAGACAAAACGUUAAAAAGAGGCUACUUCCAGAAGUCAUUGGUUCUGAUCAGCAAGCUGCCUUAUAUCCAUCUUUUUCACACUGUACUUGGACAAAUUGCGCCUGAAUAUUUCGAGAAGAAUGAACCUUUUUUGGAGGCAGCUUGCAGUGAUGUUGAUCGUUGGCCACCCCCAAUCCCAGGGAAAACCCUGCAUUUGCCUAUUAUGGGCAUUGUAAUGCAGGUGCGGAUUCCUACGUGUCAUGACAAGCCUGGAACUACCCAAGUAUUGCAGUCUGCACACCAGUCAGACACACAAAUCUCCAUUGCUUUGCCUACAGUCCAUGAGGUGGAUCUCUUCAGAUGUUUCUUGCCAGUGUUCCUUCACCUCCAGAUGCUAUGGGAGCUCGUGUUGUUAGGGGAUCCGCUUGUUGUCAUGGCACCAUCACCAUCUGAGUCUUCAGAAACUGUGUUGGCACUCGUAAGCUGUAUUUCGCCUUUGAAAUACUACAGUGAUUUUAGGCCUUACUUUACAAUACAUGACAGUGAAUUCAAAGAAUAUACUACUCGAACACAGGCCCCGCCUUCUGUUAUAUUAGGAGUGACAAAUCCUUUUUUUGCCAAAACACUGCAGCACUGGCCGCAUAUCAUCCGAAUAGGAGACAUUAAGCUGUCAGGUGAAGUCCCAAAGCAGGUGAAAGUGAAAAAGCUGAAGAACCUAAAGACUUUGGAUUCUAAACCUGGUGUUUACACAUCUUAUAAGCCAUACUUGAACAGAGAUGAAGAAAUCAUAAAACAGUUACAAAAGGGAAUACAACAAAAGCGUCCUGCAGAAGCCCAAAGCAUAAUACUUCGGCGUUAUUUCUUGGAACUGACCCAAAGCUUCAUUAUUCCUCUAGAACGAUAUGUAGCCAGCUUGAUGCCUCUGCAAAAGAGCAUAUCUCCUUGGAAGAGUCCACCACAGUUGAAAACAUUCAGCCAAGAGGAAUUUAUGAAAACACUUGAGAAAGCAGGGCCACAGCUUACCUCUAGGUUGAAGGGAGACUGGAUAGGACUGUACAGACGAUUUUUGGCAUCUCCUAACUUUGAUGGUUGGUUCAGGACCCGGCGGAAAGAAAUGACACAGAAGCUAGAGGCACUGCAUUUAGAAGCACUAUGUAAUGAGGACUUGCUUUUCUGGAGUCAGAAACACACUGAAGUGGAAACCGUGGACCUAGUCUUAAAAUUAAAGGAUAGAUUGGCUGAUGGAGAAACCUUACCUGUGAAACCUGGCACUAUGGAAAAAUUACAGAUGCACAUUGAUUCAAUUAUCCUUGCACUGCCAGAAGAUUUACAGGGUAUCCUGAUUAAAACUGGCACAACAUGACUAAAUAGAUAUGUAUACAGUCACAUAUACCACAUCAUAUAUUUCAAAGGUACAGAGACGAUGCUCUCAGAGAACAGCAGAUGUCAGAAGUAUGUUGCACUUGUAGAAAUAGACACUGUUAAUGCUAAAAAAAAAAAAGGUUUUAAAGCAGACAGUGAGACAUUCAGCUUGAAUACAGGAAACUGCAAAGGAUUUUUGUCAAUUAUGUUUAAAAUGAAGUGCUCUUAUGGAAAAUUGCAUCUUACUUUUCUACAUGCAGGUCCACCAUGCAGUGCAGACAUUACAAAUGUUGUUAAACUGGUGCUGCUCUGUUUGUAUUAAACUCAGGGGAAGCAAUAUUCAUGUUGACUUCAAAGAUUAUCCCAGUUAAAAUAAUGGCUAACAGAUGAAUACUCUCAAGUGAGUAUUUUGCUUUGAUAUUUUAGCUUCUGUUAAGAGAUCAAAUGCCAGCCUACUAAAUGUUAUAGAUGCCAUGAACUGAUCUCCAAAGUAUGGUUUAGCAAUUGGGAAUGUCCUAUAAGCUUGCCGAAUCCUUCUCUUUCUGCUCCCUCAAAUUCAUGCACUCCUCCUUUCCAUAAUUAGAAAUAACCAUUGAUUGCCAUGAUGUUCAAAUUGGACCAACUACAAAUACUGCUAAGCUUAGUCUGCCUCCAGUCCAGGGACUGAAAUCUACUUCAGUCCCUAGUUUUAGACCUCUGUUUGAAGGCAAACUGUGGCUAGCAAUAACGAUAGUUUACCCAAUUUGGACACCAUGGCAAACUAUAGUUAUAUCAAACCAUGGAAGGGAGGAGUGCACUACCCUGCAGGGAUGCUUUUGAUCCCAGCAGCUCUGCAAUGAUGACUUGAGCUUUUCAGUGCAUAAUAGCUUAAAUGGUUUCUCAUUUGGUCACAUAGCUGUUUCUAGAAUGGAUGUUGAGUAGUUGAAGUCUAAAAUAAUUUAUUUACUACGCUUUAUGCUUUUGCCUAAGAUUAUCUGUUUUCUACUGCUGGUUAGUAAAUAAUACUGUCAGUAUAAAUUGCUUGAAACGGGGACAGUGUAUUUUUUUUCUUUUUACUUUUAAGUUUAAUUAAGUGAGUGCUUCUUGUCAGUGGUCUUAAACUCUUACCAUAAGUCUAAAUUUAAACUUGCCAUGGCAGAAUUCAAAUUUCAAAGACUAACUGGAAUUGAAUUAUAUAUAAUGGUCACUGCAGAGGAUACUACAUAAGCCUCAAUACUGAGACUAUUAGAUACAGAGCAAGCUCUGUACAUCUCUUCCAUUUCUUCCUUUCAAACAUAUGACUGCAGUUGUCUCUACUGACACCAUGGAUUAACAACUGGGGAAUGAGGUGCCUCAUGAUGAUUUCUUGAUCAGGCCAGCCCCACCUCUCUAUGUAUUAGAUACAAGUUGUUUUCUUUUGUGGCACCUUUUUGUCCAUUGUCAGAUUCCCAGGGGACGAGGUGGGCUCCUAGCCCUUCUUGAACUCCAGAAUGACUGGAGCACCCGCCAAAAGGUCAGCCUCAGGAGCAGCCAGGGGAGGAGGUUAGCUUGUCACCCGAGUCCUCCUCCUGGCUCGCUAUAUUCAGCCAGCUCUCUCUCCUGGAGAACUCCUGGCUCCCAUGCUCAGAAGCAGCUCCUCCUCCUCAGCUGCCUUGUCUUUAAAUACCCCAGUGCAGAGCUGACAGGGCUUAAAGCCAACUUCCAGCCCCGCCCCCUUCCUGCCCUUGCUUCCUGCUUCCUGCCACACCCAACCUAGCUGUCUCCCUGGAGCUGUUUCCUGCAGCUCUCUCUGCCUUGCCCUCUCAACCCCACUGGGAUCCGACCCGCCUGGGCCCUUCUCAUCCCUACUGCCCCCUGAGGGGAAUGAAAGCCCCACAGGAGGGAUGCAAUGCCAUGCCCUUCUCCAGUCUCCACAGGGCCACCCAAGUGGCCAGGUAACGUGGCAUCCCGACAUGCAUUGGAGCUAAUACAGAAGGGCAGGCCAUGUGGAGAUGCUGAAUCCUUUGCUUGAUUGGGUAAUGGUAAUUUACUCCAAAGCAUAUCAAUUAAAUAUUUAUUGAAACACUAACUCACAUCAGAUCACUGUCCAUCACAAUUUUUUUUUUUGGCGGUGGGGGGGAAUGUGCUUUCCUAUUGUGUCAAUAUUAUAUUUUUCAACUUUCUCUUUAAAAGAAAAAAUAGGAGUAGGAAGGAAGGGUUGCUUUAAGCUGCAUUAUUUAUCCCUCUUUAGCAAGGGCUUUUGCAAACCACAAAUACAACGUGCAUACUAUAAAUAUGUGUUAGGACCCAAUUCUUAUUAGCAAUAAAUUAUUGUUAAAAGUAACUUCUUUAGAAUACAAGAAUUUUAAAACUGCAGUCCUAUGUAUGCUUCUAUUAGUGAGUGAGCCCAGUUGAAUUCAUUAGGUCUUAUUUCUGAGUAAACCUGCUUAGAAUUGCUCUGUCACAGUUUGAUAAUAGCUUUGUGAGAAAUGAGACUUGGAGAAAUCAUUCUGUGAAUAUCAUAUUGAUGCUGAUGUGUACCAGUAUUGUGUGUACACUUACUCUUAGGAAACAAAUGCAAAAACUGGGUCAAAUCUUGCAAUGAUCAGUAUUGCUACACACUUUACACAUUUGGAUACAAUAGAGAUGACAUUGCAGGGCUGUUGUGAGAAACUGCUUUUGUAUGAUAUUUUGUACCUUUACUGUAUUUAGAGUAUUUUAAUUUCUAGCUAUAAACUGCCCUCUCUAUUUUUAAGAAGAUGUAUUUUUAAUAUUCACUUAUAUGAAUUCGAAAUUGGAAGCUGAAAUCAAAUUAUAAAAUGAUUACCUACAAUUAUGUCACUAUUGCAUUAAUUUUACCUAACAUAUUGUUAUUGGUGUUUUUUUGUGUGUUUUUUUUUUGCACAGCUGAUAAGUAGCAUUUUAAAACAUGGCCACUAAAUACAGUAAACAUUUGUAUCUUCAUUAACUGAAGCAUUGCAUAGUUAUAUUGAAACUAGCUACAUUAGCUUAUUUUCAAAAUGUAUUUUUGUAAAGGAAAUAAAUUUCACUUUUACAUAAA